AUGAACUGCGGCGACGCCUCCUCCUUCGUGGCUGAGAUCAUUUAUUACAGCCAGGAGCAGUACUUUAACCAGGUCCAGCAGACCGCGGCCCGCGGCUUGGAGAAAUUCAGCGGCGACCCCGGGCUGCUGUUCUUCAAGGCCUAUGGACUCCUCAGGGAAGGAUGCGUCGCAGACGCCAUCAGUGAGCUGGAGAACAUGCAGAACCAUCCACACCUGACCCUCUGCUCCGUCAUGGCUCUGCUGUAUGCCUACAGAAUCCACCAUGCCCACGAUCGGGAGGCCAUCCAGGAUCUGGAGAGCAGCCUGAAGGAGCUACGCCGGCAUGCCAACCAUGCCGCCUUCUACUACGCCGGGAUCUUCCUGUGGCUCGUGGGCCGACACGAGAAGGCCCGGGAAUACAUCGACCACAUGCUGAAGGCCUCCAGCAACGCCAGAGAGGGCCUCGUCCUCAAGGGCUGGGUGGACCUCACCUCCGACAAGCCGCACCUGGUGAAGAAAGCCAUCAAGUAUCUGGACCAGGGAACUCAAGACACCAAAGACCUGCUGGGGCUGAUGGGAAAGGCAACGUACCUCAUGAUGCACCAGAACUUCUCAGGAGCCUUGGAGGCCACCAACCAGAUGGCCGUGGCGUCCGGGGGCUUCCUGCCCGCCCUGGUCCUGAAGAUGCAGCUCUUCUUAGCUUGCCAUGACUGGGAGCAGACCGUGGAGAUCGGACACAGAAUCCUCGAAAAAGACGAAAACAAUAUCGAUGCCUGCCAGAUCCUAGCUGUGCACGAGCUGGCCAGAGAAGGAAACGCCAUCCUAGCUGCCAACUGCGUGGGAAAUCUGAUUAAGGCCCUGGAGACCAAAGAACCUCGAAACUGGAACCUCCACCUCAAGAAGAUUCUCCCAGUCAGCAGAUUGUGUGGGAGGCAGCAGGAGGUGGUCCACCUGGUGAGCAGCUUCCUGGAGCGAGUCUUCACGGCUGCGCCCACCUGCGGCCUGGCGGCCACGGAGCUAGGCUACCUGUACCUCCUGCAGAACCAGCCGAAGGAGGCGCGCACCUGGUACGACGAAGCCACCAAGCUGCAGGAGGACAGGAUGGCGGUGCUGACAGGGAACAUCUGGUGUCACAUUUUACAAGGGCAGCUAGAGGAGGCCGCACAGCAGCUAGAGUUCCUGAAGGAGGUGCAGCAGUCUCUCGGCAAGUCCGAGGUACUGGUGUUCCUGCAGGCCCUCCUGGCCUCGAAGAAGCCCCCGGGAGAGCAGGCGGCCCCUGCCCUGCUCAGGGAGGUGGUGGAGCUCCAUUUCUCUGCCAUGCACACGCUGCCCCUCAGCCCUGAGUACUUCGAGAAGCUCGAUCCCCUCUUCCUGGUCGGCGUGGCCAGAGAGCUGCUGCGCUUCUGCCCCAAGCAGCCCCGCCCCCCCGGCCAGGUGGUGUCUCCGCUGCUGACGCAAGUCGCCAUGAUCCUGAGCCCCGUGCUGAAGGCCGCACCGGCCAUGAUGGACGCCCUGCUUGUGAUGGCGGAGGUCAACUUCCUCUCAGGAGACCUCGAGACGGCGCAGAGCUCACUGCAGCGCUGCCUGGAGCUGGACCCCGCAUGGGUGGACGCGCACCUGCUGCUGGCCCAGGUCCACUUGGCCCAGGGCAACUUUGCCAUGUGUGCGCACUGCCUGGAGCUGGGCGUCAGCCAUAACUUCCAGGUUCGAGACUACCCCCUGUACCACUUCAUCAAGGCCAGAGCCCUCAACAAAUCCGGGGAGCACGCCGAGGCCGUGAAGACCCUGAAGAUGAUCGCGGCGCUGCCCGGGGCCAAGGGCGAGGAGGGGCCCCGGAGUCGCCGAGCGCCCCCGCUGCACCCCGGCGAGCGAGCAUCGGUGUUGCUGGAGCUGGUGGAUGCGCUCCGGCUCAACGGGGAGCUGCACGAAGCCACGAAGGUCAUGCAGGACGCCGUGCACCAGUUCCGGGGCACGCCCGAGGAGAGCCGCGUCACGCUGGCCAACGUGGACCUGGCCCUGAGCAAGGGCGCCGUGGACGCGGCCCUCACCAUGCUCCGCGGCGUGGGCCCCGCGCAGCCCGGCUACGCCGACGCCCGCCAGAAGAUGGCCGACAUCUACCUGCACACACGCCGGGACCCGCGCCUCUACAUCAACUGCUACCGAGAGCUGUGUGAGCAUCUCCCGGGCCCGCACACCAGCCUGCUCCUCGGCGACGCCUACAUGAACAUCCAGGAGCCUGAGAAGGCCCUGGAAGUAUACGAGGAGGCCUACAAAAAGAACCCCCACGACGCCGGGCUGGUCAGCAGGAUCGGACAAGCCUACGUGAAGACUCACCAGUACAGCAAGGCGAUCAAUUACUACGAGGCGGCGCAGAAGAUGAGCGGGCAGGACUUCUUGUGCUGCGACCUGGCUGAGCUGUUGCUCAGGCUGAAGAAGUUCAGCAAGGCGGAGAAGGUGCUGAAGCAGGCCCUGGAGCGCGAGUCUGCCAAAGGCCUGGCGCCCAUGAUGGAUCAGGUGAAGUGCUGGCUGAUGUUAGCCAAAGUCUACAAGAGCCACAAAAAGGAGGAGGUGGCGGAGACGCUGGGCAAGGCCUUAGAUGUGCAGACCAAGGUGCUAAAGCGGGCCCCAAUGGAGCAGCCGGAGAUCAUCACCACCCAGAAGCAGCUGGCCUCCUCCAUCUGCAUCCAGUGUGGGGAGCAUUAUGCAGCGGAGGAGGACUACGCCAAAGCCGUGCGGGCUUACAAGGAUGCCCUCUGCUACUCGCCCACUGACAACAAGGUGGUGCUGGAGCUGGCGCGGCUCCAUCUGCUGCAGGGAAACCUGGAUCUGUGCGAGGACCAGUGCUCCAUGCUCCUGCAGACAUCACAGGAUGACGCGUCCACCUCUGUGAUGCUUGCUGACCUGAUGUUCCGGAAGCAGAACUACGAAGCAGCCAUCGGUCACUACCGCCAGGUCCUGGAGAAGUGUCCAGACGACUUCGUGGUAUUUAACAAGUUGAUCGAUCUGCUCCGCCGCAGCGGCAGGCUGGAGGAGGCACCCACCUUCUUCGAGCUGGCCAAGAAGGGGUCCAGCAGGGUAGUACUGGAGCCUGGCUUCAACUACUGCAAGGGUAUCUACUACUGGCACGUCGGACGGCCAAACGAGGCCUUGAAGUUCCUGAACAAGGCCCGCAAGGAUACCACAUGGGGUCAGGAGGCCACGGACUACAUGGUGCGGAUCUGCCUGAACCCCGAUGACGAGAUCUUGGGGGGAGAGGUGUUCGAGAACACGGGGGCGGAGAGCAAGGCUGGGUCCCGGCCUCAAGGGCUGCGCACGGCCGAGCGGUUACUACAGGAAUUCCCACCGCCCUCAGACCCGGGCCCUGCACGCUUGCGGCUGCUUCGCGGCUUGUGUCUGUUGCACAGUGGUGCGCGUGCGCAGGUGGAAGCCGCUCUGGUCGCUUUCGUGGAGCUGGCCCAGGCUGAGAAAGAGAAUGCAGCAGCACUUCUGGCGCUGGCCCAGGCCUACACGCUGCUGCAGCAGAUUCCCAAAGCGCGCACGCAGCUCAAGCGCCUGGCCAGGGCGGUGUGGACCCCGGGGGAAGCAGACGCCCUGGAACGCGCGUGGUUGCUGCUGGCGCAUCUGCACUGCACCGCUGGCAAGUUCGAUCUGGCCGUUGAGCUGCUCCGGCGCUGCGUGCGCUACAACAAGUCCUGCGCCAAAGCCUACGAGUACAUGGGCUUCAUCAUGGAGAAGGAGCAGUCUUACAAAGAUGCGGCCACCAACUAUGAGCUGGCCUGGAAAUACAGCCACCACAGCAACCCGGCCAUCGGUUUCAAGCUGGCCUUCAACUACCUGAAAGACAAGAAGUUCGUGGAAGCCAUCGAGAUCUGUCACCAUGUCCUCUUGCAAUACCCCAACUACCCCAAGAUCAGAGAAGAGAUCCUGGAAAAGGCCCAAGGAUCUCUAAGGCCGUAG